AUGUCCGGACGUGCCGAAUCUGCACUUCCUACCCGAACGAGGGUGCGAUCCAGCGACUUUUGCGCUGAUGAAUGUGCGUUCCUACAGCCUGCUGUCGAGGAGCCACGGGGGAGUAUUGGCGAUGGAACGAGCGUCGCAAUGUGCUCGUCCUUCGUCUUGACCACGACCUUCCGUUGCCAAGAUGACGAUGAGAACGUUGCAGGUGGAGGAAGAAAGGGUUCUGUGUCAGCCUUGACUCAGAUUCCGAGCAGGAUUACUGUAUCAAAUCCUUACCUGUUAAAGUUCGAUCGACGGCUCGGCCUGUUCCGCUUGAUGGUUGCCUCCGAACGAGAACGGCUUUCUCGCAUCGGUGAAUGUCCGAUCGGACGGACACAGUACACUGGCGACUUCGUCCCGAACACGGUUCCUCCGACUUGUCAACGACUACAAGCUGCCGGCAGGGAGGGUAACGACGUUUGCAAAGCCGAAAAGCCGACAGGGAUCAGCCAAGGCAGACCAGAUCGACGCUGGCGCCCGAUCGAGCAGAUCCCCCUCCCUCCUCAUUGGACGGGUAUGCUCUUGACAUGA